AUGAUUUCGCGCACGGCGUCAGACGCGUCGUUCAUUUUUGUGCGGCAGGAUCAAGACGCUUCGCAGGACUUGGCGGCCAGCCGUCUCACAGAGAGCGAGCUGCUUGUGGACAAGUCUAAUGUGGAGACCCCAAGGGCUGAAGUAGACCGUGCGCUUGCACAACCCCAAUCGCCCGCAGCGCGACCCCCAGCACCGAAGGCUGCGCCUUCAUUCGCACAUGACUGGUCGGCCGCCGGAACGGGCGGCAGGCUGUAUACCCAUGGACGCCACUUUGUAGACGCGUACGGAAGGGUGUGCAACUUGAGAGGAGUGAAUUUGGCGGGGAACUGCAAAACGCCUACAAACCACGACCAUGACACAUUCCCUGCCAACCACGCCGACGUGACUUUCGUCGGCCGGCCGUUCCCACUGGAGGAAGCGCACGAGCACUUUGCAAGAUUGCGUAGAUGGGGUCUGACGUUUAUCAGAUUCCUGGUGACUUGGGAGGCCGUAGAACACGCCGGCCCGGGUAUAUACGACACCGAGUACCUCGCCUACCUGCGCAGCAUCCUCUCGCUCCUCCCGCAGUUCGGCCUCACGGCCUUCGUCGCGCUGCACCAGGACGUCUGGUCGCGCUACACAGGUGGCUCCGGCGCGCCCGCAUGGACGCUCGAGGCGGUCGGCUUCGACCUGCACGGGCUCGAGGAGCCGGGGGCCGCGUGGCUGCGCGGGGUGCGCGGCGGCGGGCACACGGAGGACGAGCGCGGGCUGUGGCCGUGCGGGUACCAGAAGCUCUCGGCGGCGACGAUGGCGACGUGCUUCUGGGCGGGCGACGCGUUCGCGCCGAAGCUGCGGGUGCGGGACGCGCGCGGCGCGGACGUGUCGAUACAGACGUUCCUGCAGACGGCGUUCCUGGACAUGUGGGAGGUCGUCGCGAAAACGGUCGGCGACCUGGAGGGCGUCCUAGGGUUCGAGAUCAUGAACGAGCCGCAUCGAGGCUACGCGGAGCUGCAGUCGAUGCACCAGUUUGACUACAACACCGACCUGCACCUCGGGCAUGUCCCGACCGCUUUCCAGUCGUUCACGCUCGGCGCGGGCUAUCCUACGGAAGUCGGCUUCUGGACGCGCACCUUCCCGAUGCCGACGCGGCUCACAGGCAAGGCAGUGCUGAACACCGCACGCCAGAAGGCCUGGCGCCAGGACGGGCCCACGGGCGGGCGCUGUCUGUGGGAGAUGCACGGUGUGUGGGGGUGGGAUUUGAAGAAAAACGAGGGUGUUGUGCUCCGCGAGAGCUACUUCAAGAAGCACCCGAUGACGGGGAAGACGAUCGACUGGUACACCGAUUUCUUUUACCCGUUCGUGCAGAGGUGGGCGGAGCGUGUGCGUAGCGUGUCGAGUCCAGACAAGCUUGUGCUUGUAGAGCCGAUACCUAACGAGUUCUGCCCUUCCUCUUGGACACCCGAGCGGCAGCCGCCUAACGUAGUGUACGCGCCACAUUGGUAUGAUCUCAACGCGCUGUUCACCAAGGCAUUCGGAGACUUCACAGCAAACGUUCAGGGCCUCUCCCGAGGCAUGUUCAUCUUGAAAGCGUUAUACUGGGGCCAUCAAGGCGCUCGGGAAAACUUCUCCCUUCAAAUCCGGAACAUCGUAGAAGCCGGCUAUCGUUCCUUGGGCGAAAGGCCUGUAGUCAUAGGGGAGUGUGGUAUCCCCAUGGACAUGAAUAAGGGCGAGGCGUUCCAGACGGACAGUUGGAUAUGGCAAACGCGCAUGAUGGAUGCCAUGCUGACUGCCCUUGACAAGUCUCUCGUUGGCUUCACCCUUUGGAAUUACAAUCCGGACAACGAGGACCACAUCGGCGACGACUGGAACGGCGAGAACUUCUCUUGGUUCAGCAGGCGCCGCGCCCUCACGGGCGACUGGUUGGAUCUCGCGCAGACAUCUCCAACUCUGGACAACGGUGCCCGCAUUGUGCGCGCGUUUGUGCGCCCAUACCCCGCCAAGACUGCUGGCAUCCCAGUGCGCUUCGACUACGAAAUGAACACCGGCCAGUUCACGUUCGAGUGGGUCAUUCCCGGGGUAGACUCCGCACCCCCUGCAGAAGCGAGCGUUGCGAGUCCGCCAUUGGCCAGCCACCCAGCUCUCACGAGCAAAGAUACACAGAUCUUCUUGCCGUCGCUUCUGGCGCACAGCCGGAAAAUUGUCGUGCAGGGCCUCAAGCCAGAGGACCGCUACCGCUACGACGAGGCUCGGCAGACGUUGACGAUCACCACAGCUGACCUCGUUCCUGGCGAGAGGCAUAGCGUUACCGUCUCUCUCAACCCUCCGCUCAAAGACGCAUUCACAGUGAACAGCUUCUGGGACGAUUUCGGACUCCACGUAGUCGCGGCGACCAUUGUGCUCGCAUCUAUCUUAAUCUACGUCAUUAUGUCGAUGGUUUCGUAG